UGUCAAAAAUAUAAAAAAAAAAGGAGCCAAAAUUCUCGCUCUCUGACUCUCACAGCGACACUCGCAUAAAAAUUGGCAGAGAUAGAGAGAGAGAGAGUCAAAGAGUAACAAAUUGUUUCUGUUUGUGACUCAGACGCUGCAAAAAUGUGGAGGCGAGUGGCAUCUUCUUCCUCAGCUCAGCUUCAAGCCCUCGCAUCAGCCUCAUGCAGAUCCUCAUCUCUCAAUCUCACCCGUCGGUUCCUAAUCUCUUCAGCGUCUUCCCCUUCUUCGACGUCGUUGCCGAGAUCCCCGCCUCCCUCCUCCCCCCACGCCACCGGCGCUUCCUCUUCUGCUUUGAAGAAGAAGGUUGAGGAUGUCAUGCCCAUUGCAACGGGUCACGAGCGUGAGGAGCUUGCGGCCGAGCUUGAGGGAAGGAACGUUCUUGAAAUCAAUUAUCCAGUGGGUCCUUUUGGUACCAAGGAAGCACCAGCAAUAAUUAAGUCCUACUAUGACAAAAGAAUAGUUGGAUGCCCUGGUAUUGAGGGAGGAGAAGAUGAGCAUGAUGUUGUGUGGUUUUGGCUGGAGAAAGGAAAGCCACAUGAAUGCCCUGUCUGUACUCAGUAUUUUAAGUUGGAAGUGGUUGGCCCAGGAGGUCCUCCAGAUGGUCAUCAUUGAUCUUGCUAACAAGUUUCUUGCGAAAUUAAAAUUUUGAUUAAUGUGAUGAGGAGGCAGUCUUUAUACUGUGUAGCUUCAAUAAUUCUUUUUUGUUUGUUUACCGGUGAUGCUUAGUUGAGAGAUUGUGCCCGACGAGGCUCGAGUCGGUGAUAAUUUUGGUUUCAUGGUCUGUUCAUUAGAAUUCGAUUCUUUUGAGUCGCCAGUAGUUUUGAAUUGUGUCUUAAGAUCAAAUAAUCGAUGACUACAUUUUUUUAAAGAAAACUUGAUGGCUAUAUUUUGAUCGUAA